GGCGGAAGUACGUCACGGAGUCAUCUCCUAGGGUGGGAGUUUGAACACAGUUUGCUAGUAACGGAUCUCUUGUGAAGCGCGAUGGAUACUCCGGAAGAUACCUGGGAAAGACUGGACACGGAGUUCGACCAUUACCUCGUAGACAUGAAGCCGUACGUUCUGAAGCUGCCGCAGACACCAGAGCGACAGAGAUGCGCCUUGUGGAUCAGAAAGCUGUGUGAUCCUUCAGGAUCGGGGACGGGAAUCUCCGGCAGAAAGAAUCGCAACCUUUACGCCAAGCUGCUGCUUCACAUGCUGAAACGAGGCGUGUUGGAGGGGCCGUUCACCCAGAGGCCAGAUGGAGGACCCCUGAAAACCUUGCCCACUUACAUGUCCAUUUAUUUUGAUGAGCCGAAUUCCACGCGUUUUCAGAGCUCUGUUUCUGAAGGGCCGCCUGACUGGGUCCUGGGAGAACUGGAGGGCAAAGACAGGCGAUCAGAGGAGUCAGGGGAGUCGUGGAGGUCGCCUCUCAAGACCGAGGCCGUGUUUGAAACUUCUCCAUCCAGAUUCACGCAGAGGCUGCGCUCGCUGAGCUCAGAACGAUGCCCGGGCGAGGAGAAUGCGGCCGCGCGGCACACGGGCAGCCCUCCUAAAAAGCCGACAGCGAGUUUGGACAACGGCGAACUUGAAGCUCGUCUGAACAGCUGGAAUUUGGGGAUCGAAAGCCCGAGGUAUUUGCGAGAGAAGCCGAUCCCGCGCUCUCCGCUUUCUGCAAAGUCUGGAUUGGGGAAGAUGGACGGUUUCCACGAUGAGCAUGCGCUGCCACUCUUACUUAAAAAAGAGGUUGACAGGAGAAUUAAGAUGUUGGAGGCCGGGUUUCACGAGGAGAAGCUGAGGAUGCAGCAGAAGCACGAUGCGGAUGUGCAGAAGAUUCUGGACCGGAAGAACAGCGAGACGGAGGAAUUAAAGUCCAUUUAUAAAAGCAAACAGGAGGAGAGCGAGGAGAGCGUCCGGCAGCUGGAGAAGAAAGUGCAGACGCUGGUGCGCGAGUGUCAGGUGAUCCGAGAGAGCAAAGAGACGCAAAUUACCCAGCUGAAGAAAAUGUGCGAGCGAAGCGCCGACUCGCUGAGGAAUGAGUGGCAGAAGAAGCUCCACGACGCGAUGGCGGACGGCGAGCGGGAGAAGAUGGCGCUGCAGAAGAAACACACGGAAAACAUCCAGCAGCUGCUCGACGAGACCAACGCUCGGCUUCUCAAGAUGGAGUCCGACUACGUGGCGCAGACCGAGGCAACGGCGCAGACCGUGAAGGAGCUGGAGUGCCGCGUCCAGCAGCUGACGGUGGAGGUGGAGAGCAGCAACUCGCAGCGGCAGAGAUUAUCCCAGGAGAAAGCCGAGCUGGACAGCUCGUACCAAGCGCUCUGCAGAGAGCUGGAGGAAGCCCAGGCCAGACUCGGCGCUUUGCAGAAGGAGAGGAAUUGCGCGUCCCAGGAGCACGAGGAGCGGAUCCAGCAGCUCCAGAGCAAGCACCGCUCUGACGUGAGCUUCGUAACGCAGCAGAACGCGCUCUCGGCGGCCAAGGCGGCCGAUGUGAUCGAGGAGCUGGAGCAGAGAGUUUCCCGGUUAAAAGAGCAGCUCCAGGAAUCGGAGCAUCAGAGGCUGCAGCAGCUGCGGGACCAAGAGAACCGGUUUCAGAAAGAAAAGCUUCACGCCGAGCGUCUGAGUGAGCGAAAGGCGCACGACCUUCACAAGCAGCUCGAGGACGAGAGGGACUCGGCCCGCAGGAAGAUCUCCAAGCUGGACGGGUUACUGAAGGAGCGAGAGGAGCAGCUGGCGAGGGUGACCGAGACGCAGAGACUGCGGGCGCAAGAAGCCGACGCCGCUCUGGAGGAGUUUAAGCGCCAGGUGGAGUCCAACACGGAGAAGGUGUACUCCGAAAUGAAGCAGCAGAUGGAAAAGGUGGAAGCCGACUUAACUCGCUCCAAAUCGCUCCGAGAGAAGCAAAGCGAGGAGUUCUCCCGGGAGCUGGAGGAGCUCAAACAGAGCUACGAGCAACAGAUUGUGGAGCUGAGGCUGAAGCACGAGGAGGAGAAGACCUACCUAUUCCAGCAGCACAACGCCGACAAGGACAGGAGCGCCAAGGACCACCAGCAGGCGAUGGAUCGGCUGGAGAAGCAGCUCCGGACCACCAUGUCGGACCACGAGACGAAGAGCCAGCAGUGGCGAGAGCGCGACGCCCAGACCAUCGCGGACCUGGAGGCGCAGGUGCACAGACUGAAGGAAGAGCUCAUCCAGGUGAACUCUCAGCGCAAGCAGCAGCUGGUGGAGCUGGGACUCCUGAGGGACGAGGAGAGGCAGAAAGCUGCGCAGGAGCAUCAGGCGGCCGCGAGCAAACUGAGAGCCGACAUGGAGAGCAUGAGACUGAACCUGCAGAAGACGCACGCGGCCCAAACCGAGGCGGCUCUGGGGAAGGCCAGGGCCAGGCUGGAGCGAGCCGACAAGGAAUACAGCGAGAAGCUGGCCAAAUCCGCGCAGGUCGUGUCCGAGCUCCAGGCCACCAUCGUGGCUCUGCGGGAACAGAGCAGCCGCCAGCAGUCCGCCAUGGAGAGGAGGCUCCAGGAGACGACCCAGAACCACGAGGAGCAGAAGAGGCAGCUGACGAAAGACAACGAGAAGCUGAGAAAGCUGCUGAAGGAAGAAGUGGAAAGUUAUCGCAUGGAGCUGCGCUCAGCAGAGAAGGGACUUCAGGAGAAGGAGUUAUCUGCGCAGGAGCAGGUGACAAACGUCCGUCAGGAGUACGAGCAGAAGAUCCGAGGCCUCAUGCCGGCAGCCAUGCGACAGGAGCUGGAAGACACCAUCGCGUCCCUGAAAUCGCAGGUAAACUUCUUGCAGAAGAGAGUCCACGUUCUCCAGGAAGACCGGAGCCCCCAGCAGAACAGGAGGCUGUGACCCAGGACUCCGGAGCAGACGUCGGACUUGCCAUUCAAACUGUGAGAACUUUAUUAAUCAAAAAACAAGAUUUCUUAUUUAUUCCGUAUAUUUAUAUUUUAAAUCUCAUCCAUUGUCGCUUUUACCUAAUAAA